GGUGUUUUCAUAAGUGAAAAUACAACAAAACAAUGUCGGGACAAAGAUUGGAUGGCAAGAUCGUAAUUAUAACAGGCGGGGCUAGUGGGAUCGGAGCUGAAGCAGCGAGGUUGUUCACGGACCAUGGAGCUAAAGUUGUCAUCGUUGACUUACAAGAGGAGCUUGGUCAAAACGUCGCCGUUUCGAUCGGGCUAGACAAAGCAAGUUUUUACCGUUGCGAUAUAACGGAUGAGACGGAAGUUGAGAACGCCGUUAAGUUCACCGUUGAAAAACACGGAAAGCUUGACGUUCUGUUUAGUAACGCCGGGGUCAUGGAACCGCAUGGAAGCAUUCUUGAUUUGGAUCUUGAGGCGUUUGAUCGAACGAUGGCCGUCAACGUUCGCGGUGCGGCUGCGUUUAUAAAACAUGCAGCGCGUUCGAUGGUGGCUAGUGGAACUCGUGGCUCCAUUGUUUGUACAACGAGUGUGACGGCUGAGAUUGGUGGUCCGGGACCUCACAGUUACACAGCGUCGAAACACGCGCUUCUCGGGUUGGUUCGAUCAGCGUGUGGCGGGUUGGGGAAGUACGGGAUUAGAGUCAACGGUGUUGCACCGUAUGGAGUAGCAACGGGGUUAACUAGCUACAACGAGGAAACUGUGAAGAUGGUUGAGGAUUACUGUUCAGCCACGGCGAUUCUCAAAGGUGUUGUACUUAAAGCUCGACAUGUGGCAGAUGCAGCUUUGUUUUUGGCUUCUGAUGAUUCGGUUUAUAUUAGUGGUCAAAACUUGGGGGUUGACGGCGGUUAUAGCGUCGUUAAGCUGACAUCGAAUUAA